UUUAUUUAUUUUGCCAUAGAAUGAGACUGUCUUGUAUUACUGAGAACUAUUUUGUGGCUUUAAGAAAUAUGUAGUAUCAGGGUCCAGACUUGUGAAACUUUUUUAUUUUUUUAAUUUGUGAAGUAUGGAAUUUUAUUUUAUUUAUUUAUUUAUUUUUUUUUUUUCCAUAGAAUGAGACUGUCUUGUAUUACGGAGAAUUAUUUUGUGGCUUUAAGAAGUAUAUAGUAUCAGUGUCCAGACUUGUGAAACUAUUUGGUCUUUUUUUUUUUUUUUUUUUUUUUUUUUUUUUUUUGUGAAGUAUGGAAGAUUUUGUUUUGUUUUGUUUAGUUUUUUUUUCCAUAGAGCGAGACUGUCUUGUAUUACUGAGACUUAUUUUGGGGGUCUAAAACAUGUAUAGUAUCAGUGUCCAGACUUGUGAAACUAUUUAAUAUUUUCUUUUAAUUUGUGAAGUACGGAAGUUUUGUUUUCUUCUUUUUUAACCAUAUAACCAGACUGUUUUGUAUUACUGAGACUCAUUUCGUGGCUUAAAGAAAUGUAUUAAUAGAAAACUUGUGUAUGAUUUUUUUUUUUAUUUAUUUUUUUUUUUUUUUUUUAUCUGAAGUACGAUUUAUUUAUUUAUUUGCUUAUUUUUUUGCCAUAUAAUGAGACUGUUUUGUAUUACUGAGACAUUUUGUGGCUUAAAGAAAUGUAUCAAUGGAAAACUUGUGUAUAAUUUGGGCUUUUUUUAUUUUUAUGAAGUGUCGUAGUCAGUUAUAUAUAUUUUUGGGGGCAUGUAAUGAAACUCUUGUAUUACUGAGACUAGUUUCGUGGCUUUGAGAAAUGUAUUGAUGGAAAACUUGUGUAUGAUUUGGGGUUUAUUUAUUUGUGAAGGAAUUUUUUUUUCUUCUGAAGUACAAUAGUUUUUUUUUCUUCAUAUAAUGACUUGUAUUGCUGAUACUACUUAUGUAACUUUGAGAAAUGUAGUAAUGGAAAUAUUUAUGUAUAAUUUGUUUUUAUAAUUUGUGAAUAAGUGGGGUUUUUUUUUAGUUCUGAGGUAUACAAGUUAUUUUAUUUUAGGGGGACAUAGAAAUACUUUUUUUUAUUACGAGUCAUUUCGUGGCUUUAAGGAGUAUAUUAACGACAAACUUGUGUAUAAUUAUUGACUAAGGAAUGGCUAAACUGAUGCUUCCGUGUAUAACUUCACGAUCAUUAUCAUUAUUAUCAUUAUUAUUAUUAUUAUUAUUAUUAUUAUUAUUAUUAUUGUUAUUAUUGUUGUUGGCCCAAGGUAUAAGGAUAGUAAGGGGGCUAUUACACUGGGCAAAUUUUCCGUGGAUCUUCAGUCAAACCACGAUUUCCGCUGGCGUGGUUCUCCUAUUUCCGCGGUUUUCUGAUGAGUCCACGAUCUUCCAAAGCAACGGUAGAUUUCACCAAAGGACGACGGUAUUACUCAUCAUCAUCAUCAGCAGCAAUAACAAGAAACAAAUGAGAACCACGCUAGCGGAAAUCGUGGUUUGACUGAUUGAUUGAUUGAUAGUUUAUUGUUGCAGGUAAACAACAAGGGAGAAGGGAGGAACAUGCCAUCCCAACCCCCAGGCAAGAUCCACGGAAAAUUUGCCCUGUGUAAUUGCUCUUCAACACAUGCUCAAAAUUUUAUAACGAACACUUCCUCCUACUUACUGUUGUCCACGCUUAGAGGAAAGGGAACGAUCUGAUUGUUGACUUUGAUAUGAGUGAGCGAGUGUUGGGUAGUUUAAGGUCACCCAAAGGAAUUAAAUAUACGAUUGUUCUGA